GUGGCGAUCAAUACGGCAGAAAAAUGUUCAGAGUAUCAAUGCGUGCGGGGGAAAGCUCGUGCAGAGAAACGCGGUCUCUGAGCCGAGUGACGCGACGGAAGACAGACAUGAAAUAUGAAAUCAAAAUGUAACGUCAAGGGGUCACCAGAAAAAAGCUGCUUUCCACCACACCAUCUGACGCUUGGCACUGGACUUGGUGAAGUGAGGCUUGCAUGCAGCUGCUCAUCCAUGGACACCCAUUCCAUGAAGCUCCCUGUGCACAGUUCCUGAGUGCAAGUCCACCUGAGAGAAGCACACCUGAGACCUGAACACCAGAUUGACCUCCAAAUCUCCCACAGUAUCGAUCACUUGGUGCCAGAGGUGGUAGUCAUAGUAACAGACAUGUUCAGUGCAUGUGUCCUGACCUGAGAAUGCCUUUGGGUUUUAUCUGUGUUUCAUCAGAGUCCAAGCUUCUGCCAAAACAGAGGGCAGGCAACAUCAUGGCUCAGCUGUUAAUCAUCAACCUCAUUCAGGCCAGUAAGCAGCACCUUCCUGAGCUCUGUGAUACUGUACCUGUCAAUGUGGAUACUGCCAUGGAGGGGAAACUACCAGAAGAAAACUCAAUAUUCUGGUCAUAACAAUAACAAAUCAUGUAGCAAGUCUCCUGGGCUGAUAUCCCCGAUAACAGCAGCAAUGGCAUACUGUAAUGAAAGCCUGCUGGAGGAGUGUGUCUUCAUGGAGCCAGAAAGGGCGGAGGAAGCAGCAGAAAGUCUCCCGUCAGAAGCUGCUACACCUGUCAUAUCAGUCACUCUCCGUGUGACCUUGGCUGCCAUAAUGAUCUUUAUGAUUACCAUCGGUUUCCUUGGAAAUGCAAUCGUGUGUCUGAUUGUUUACCAGAAGCCCGCCAUGCGCUCUGCUAUCAACCUCCUCCUCGCCACCUUGGCCUUCUCUGACAUCAUGCUCUCUCUUCUCUGCAUGCCGUUCACUGCCGUUACAGUGGCGACAUCCGACUGGAGCUUCAGCAGCAAGUUCUGCCGUGCCUCCAUCAUGUUGUACUGGCUGUUCGUACUGGAGGGGGUAUCCAUACUGCUCAUAAUCAGCGUGGAUCGUUUCCUUAUAAUCGUGCAGCGGCAGGACAAGCUGACCCCACACAGAGCUAAGCUGUUGAUAGCAGGCUCCUGGGUGCUGAGUCUUUGUGUGUCCCUGCCUUCUGUGGUUGGGUGGAGGACUGGGGCUGCAGGGAUUGGGGGCUCCUGGGCGCCACAGUGCGUGCUGGGAUACAGUGACUCUGUGGCAGAUCGAGGAUACACUGUGCUGUUGGCGGUCGUGGUGUUCUUUGUACCGUUUGCAGUCAUGUUGUACUCCUAUAUGUGCAUCCUGAACACAGUGCGCCGUAACACCCUGCGCAUCCACAACCACACUAACGAGCACUCCUGCCUCCCUGCUCUCAACCAGGUGAGCAAAAUGAGACUGACCGGGCUGCAGAGACCGCCUCAGAUCAAAGUGGACAUGAGCUUCAAGACUCGUGCUUUCACCACCAUCCUCAUCCUUUUUGUGGGAUUCUCCGUGUGCUGGCUACCGCACACGGUGGUCAGCCUGCUGGCCGUGUUCAGCCGGCGAUUCUACUACAGCUCUGUUUUCUACCCCAUCAGUAUCGGCGCUCUGUGGCUCAGCUAUCUGAAGACAGUCUUUAAUCCGGUGAUCUACUGCUGGAGGAUCAGGAAGUUCAGGGAGGCGUGCCAGGAAUUCAUCCCCAAAAGCUGCAGGCUGUGUCCCAGAGUGCCAGGCCGGAGCCGCCGGAGAGUGAGGCCGAGUAACAUCUAUGUGUGCAGCGAGACACAGUCGACCGUGUAAAAGGACAGAUACGCAAAAUCCAGUAGCUUUUUCUGCUACAAACAACUGUUUUAAACUUUGACUGUUUAAGACAGCAAACAAACAUGGGGCUACUCAAGUUACAUUGAGAAUAAUCCAACACUGGGUUGCACCAGCUAUGUGUAACUCCAAAUGUAGCCUCGUUUGAUGUCAAAUUUUAAACGUAGGACACUUUUAAGGGCUUUGCACCACGUGUGUCGUUUUGAAAGGUGGGAUAACUUGAAGGCAAAGGAGGAGCAGAGGGUUUUAUAGGCUGUUCAGUGUGGAAAUAAACCUCCAUGACAGAGUAGAUCUGUCAGAAAUGUAUGAAUACUCUGAUUUAUACUCUCAAUGGAGUGAUAAGUGGCCCAUUUUUAUUUGGCAAAAUAUUUUUUAAAAACUGUGGUGGUGAUUUGCUCUUGUCAGUUGACAAACUCACAUUCAAAAUCACUGUGCAUCUAAUGCAGGAUCAAAAACUGUUAAUGUUAGAGCAAAAAUAGUUUCUGUUUAUUCAAUCAUUCUUUAUAAACAAAAUAGUGUUCUUGUGGUGUGCUCUUGGAUUAUGCCCUCUGGUAAAAGAAACAUUGGCCUUCAUUGUUGCCCACCCAUCCUAUCUUUCCUGCCCAUAAUACAGAUGUCGUCCAGUGCCAAGAUUACUGCUUCUUGCAAAGUUAAAGCCUCAGUAAAUACUCAAAUACUCCAAAUAGUAAGACUGAGGGUAUCAAACUUAAUCAUUAAAUAUAUUCUUUAUACAAAAUUGCUCCAAAGAAAUAAAGUAAAUUGUGAAAUAUGGCCCUUAUUAGAAGAUGAAACUUAUGCUUAAGGGUGCUGCACAUACACUGCGGUCGAAUUCCAAAAAGGUAUGUAUCUGAUAUAGGCCUAGUACCACAUAUGAAAGUGACCCGAAUCUAAUACAGGUGAUCAGAUUCAGUGUGACAGAUAUGGGUCACAUAUCAGCAAAACAAAUAAGAUUUGGGCCGCCUUUAACUGCAGUAUGAACAUAGCCUUAGUUUUGACAAUAAAUGAUGCUGCUGUGUUGAUUCAGCGAACAAACAUUUUGACAAGAAAAAUUUGUUUAUGUGCUUUUUUCAUGAUUACAUUUAGACGACAGCAUGUAUUGCAAAAAUAAUGGCAUCAAAAUUUGAUAUAUAAUUUCAUAAUGCCUUGAUUUAUAAAGACAGAAGGAUUUAGGCAACAAAUAGCACAUGAAUUACACUCUUUUUCUCUGCUUUCUGUUCCAUCUGCUUUACCCAUUACACUGAUCAUCUGGCAGCUUCAUGCAGUUUGUUCUUGUUCUGUGUCUGAAUGGGACGAUCAGCAUCAUCCGUCUCUAAAGUACAGAACGUUGCGUUAUUUUGACCAGGGGUGUAUGAUACCUAUUCCUAAAAUCUGAUUGCCUACUCUAAAAUCUUCAACAAUGACCGGCUUUUUUUCUUACCAGCCAUUAAUGGAAAGCUGUGACGUAGGCUGUUUUUUUCCUUUUAAUUCUAUUCAAUUCAAAGUGAAUUCAGGUAACUUUAUUUAUCUGUUUGGCACUUUGCUUGCUUAAAAGUAUCAGUGCAUAAACAGUUCACAUACUAUAUAUUACAGCUCAACACAAGAACAAACCACACAAUCAUAAAAUCAUCCAAAGGGAAAUCACAAGUGAUAAGUCAUAAAAGCUGUAAGCCAUAAUUAGAACUGCAAUAGAGAUAAUCAAUACAAUUAAAGAUAAAAUAAAAUAGAAUAAAAAUGUGAAUCCCAACAUUAAGAGUAAAAUAAAAACUACUUAACGCAUAGUAAGUAAACCUACACUGGGUUGGUUUUACUAACUUAAACACACUAAAGGUGAUACAUCUAAAAGCAGCCCAGUCAUCCUUAUAUUUUUUCUGUGUGGCCCGCAGUUAAAAACAAAACCAAACAAAAAAAAAAACAAAACAGAAGUUUGGACAUUCCUGUAGAGCAAUAUUGUCAGUUAUGUCAUGGUAUUCUGUCACCAUUGUUAUUUUACAGCAGCUCUACUGCAGGUUAUGGCUUCAUUCCAUUGUAAUGACUUAGUCAUAUUUUUUAAAAAUAUUGUACAUACCUAUUUGUUUUUGUUUGUAGAUUGACAUCAGUUAACUGAGGGGAUUUUCAGCUGUUUGUCUGUUGAAAAACACAAGGGGCAACACUGUUACAAACACUACACUAAAAAAGCUCCCUGAUUCACUUCACAGAGUAAAAACCUGAUUUCUGGAAAAAUGUUUUGGUUGGGUUUAGUUUGGACAUAACACUCUACUAGUACGACAAAAACACUGACACAACAGAAGUUGCAAACUAACUUGCUUUAAUGUAGGAUUUAGUGUGAACAUGACAACUUAAUAUGACUUAUACAUAGCUGGCGCAGUAUGUCAGAUGUUUUUAACAUUUUCUCAAAGUCAGGAUGCUUUUGUUGGUUAAACUUCUCUGCCUUCACUUUUAUCAAUGCCAUCCUGUUUUUACUGACUCUAUUUUCAGUCCUUGAGCUGUUGUUGUGUCUGUCAUGUAUUGAGCUUAAAGAGAAUAGAAAACAAACAGGGUAUUGAUGUCAAGUAACAUUUUUGGAGAAAUUCACUUAUUCUUUGUCUUAAAUCUUCUGAAAAAAAAAAGAUUCUGAUGAACUUUAUGCUUAAACACAACCUGAUGAAAAUGUUAUGUUAAACAUUGAGUGUUUAAUCAAAGAUGUGCGUCAGUUGUCGAGCUGUGAAUGUGAACAUGACUGUAGUAUUGUUUCAUGAGUGAACAAACAGCUAAUAAA